AUGGAUAUACCAAAUUUUGAAGACAUAUUCAAACAAAUCAAAAUUAAUUUUUGGGUUUUUGGGAUACCCUACGAUGAAAUGAAAAUAACAAAAAGAUAUUAUAUUUUUUUAGUGAUAAUAUUAAGUGUAUUAUUAGUGGAAUUGGUAUUUAUCUGUUCAAAACUUUCAGUUGAAAAUUUAUUGCUACUCACUAAACUCGCUCCCUGUUUCUGUAUCGGCUUGCUUUCAAUGCUCAAAGUAGUAUUUGUCACAAAGAAGAGACGAAAUAUUUUGGAAUUAACCACGGCACUUAACCGUUUGUGUACAGAAAUUAUUAAUAACGAGACGAAAUGGAAUUUAGUGAAAAAAGAAUUUAUUUUUAUCAAAUAUUUGGUGAAAUAUUUUUUUCUUUUGAACGCAAUAUUAGUCUUAAUAUACAACUUUUUGCCGUUGGUACUGACAUUGUAUAUAUAUUUCUCUAAAGGAGAAAAAAUCUACAGUUUGCCCUUCGGUGUAUCAAUGCCCUACGUGAAAGACUAUUGGUACACUUAUACGGCCAAAUAUACCCACUUAAUAUCAGGCGGUUUCAUAUGUAUCCUGUAUAUUUCAACAGUUGAUGCCUUACAAUAUAUAUUGACAUCCCGUAUAUGCUGUCAUUUUACAAUAAUCAGUAAUGAAAUAGAAUGUCUGGAUGAAAACUCUACUCAUCAUCUUAGAGAUAUUGUUAAAAGACACCAGCACCUUUUACAGUUGUCGCAAAAUCUAGAAGAAAUAUUUUGUGCCCCUAAUUUAUUUAUAGUUUUGAUUGGAUCACUUGAGAUAUGCGCUCUCGGAUUUUCUUUAACGAUAGGAGAGUGGGAACAAAUACCCGGCGUUGUAUUGUUUUUGUCAUCGGUAUUCCUUCAAAUCUUUAUGAUAAGUGCGUUUGGAGAAAACUUGAUAGGAGAGAGCAGAAAAAUUGGAGAAGCAGCAUUUUCAUGCAAAUGGUACAAAAUGGACAAAAAAUCUAAAAGUACCAUUUUGCUUUUAAUGAUUCGAGCAAAUAGACCACAACAAUUGACUGCUUACAAAUUUUCGGUCAUAUCAUAUGAAAGUUUUACGAGAAUCAUUGGAACGUCUUGGUCUUAUUUUACGAUACUGAAAACUGUUUAUACCCCACCGGAAAACUUCCACGAAUAAUUGCACUUUAUAGAUAAACAUUUCGAAUAACUUUGGGAUUUAAUUAAAUAAAUCAAAUAUUUUUCACAAAAUACUAAAUAGAGAGUAAAUUUUUUUAACUAUGCACUGCAAUUAAAACUAGCAAAAAUAUUAUGGUACCUUAGUAGCGGUAGCUUCUUUGCGUGCUUACUCAUCGAUAUAUCCUCGGUAUAAAUAAUGCUUAGUAUAAUGUAGUACAUAAUAAAUAAAUGAUAAAAA